GUGUAAAUUAGGAUGAUGACUGAAAGUAUUACCACUCCAGUAUUUCUUUAUAUAUCCUUUGGGAUAUAAAGUGGGGUUAUAAGUAUGCGCGACGCCGUAUUCGAAACAGCUAUUUUGGUACUGAUGAACUUUCCAGCUUAAGCACGAUCUUGAGACGUCAAUGCUGUUAUUUCAUUGGUUAAGUAAGUCUCAAGUCGGCUCGAAGCUAGACUUAAGACAAUGCUUGAGCUUAAGAUCGGUCUAUGAAUCCCGUCCUGUGAGUUGUGAUAUCAUAUCAGAUCGUAUAGCGCUGCUUUAAACAUGGCUUCUUGGAUUAGCUAUUUUCUUGAAAAUCGAUGGAGAGAGGCAAAUACGUAGGAUUUCACAAUUUGUUGAAAAAAAUCUUAAAAAUCAAUGGAUUAAAGGAUACAACGUGAAGCUUACAGAGGAUAAACAAUUUGUUUGAAGAUGGAACCGGUAGAAUUUGUUGCUGUAAAAGAAGAAAACAGUAAUGACGAUCUUGAGAACAACUAUUCACCCUUUGAUCCCUUUGAAAUGGAGGAAAGAAAACAAGAAUUGACAGAUGCACUGAAGUACUGCAUAGAUUUGUUGAAGGAUGCUCAGGUUAUUUCAGAUUUAGCUACAGAACAAAAUAGCCAUAGAACCAUUUCCAUGCGGUCUCAGCUCAUGGGAAAAGAAAUUCAACGUAGGAUCAUGGAUAUGUUGUUUUCCAUGAAGUUUAUAGAGGAUGAAGAGGAUGUGAAAGUGGUUGAAGAGCCGAUAUCCAAUUCACUGGAAAAUUCAUGUGACUUAAAUGAAAGGGAUUCAAGAAAUGACAGUACUAAAUCUGCUGAAAAGGAUAUGUCAAUUUCGAACCAAUCGUUAAAAUGUGUAGACGAAGAUCAAUUCAAUGGAUUAUAUGAAAAUUCUAAAAAUUCACCAAAAACUGAAAAUAUAAAGAAUAAAACAUUAAAUAAGAUGCGAAGACAGCAACUUACUUCAAAUAAAAAAGAAAGGAAGACGUGGGAUGCAGAACUUAUGCAACAAGCAAUCGACUGUGUAAGAACAAAAAAAUUAGGCUAUACAAAAGCAGCAAAUUUAUUUGAAGUUCCCAGAAGUACUCUUCGGAGAUUGGUUGCGACAGAUUUAUCAUCAGAAGAAUGUGUAAAUAUAAAGAUAGGACGAAAACCAAUAAUGCCUCCAGAAAUGGAAGCACAAUUAGUAAAUUAUCUAUUGAUGAUGAAAAAUCGAUUUUUUGCUUUAACAAGUAAUGAUGUGAGGAGGAUGGCUUACCAAAUAGCCGCAAAAAAUGAAUUAAAUUGUUUUGGACAAAACAACGAAGCUGGUAGAGUCUGGUUUGAUCGUUUUAUAAGAAGACAUUCAAACUUAGAUAUUUUUAAACCAAGUAUUCAUCAUACAUCAGAGUCAAUAGUUAACAAAGAAUCUAUGCUUGAAUUUUAUAAAAUGUUGGAAAAUAUGUAUAAAGAACAUAACUAUGACGCUGAUCGUAUAUUUAACGUAGAUGAAGCUAGUUUCUACAUAGUACAUAAAAAAACUCCACAUGUAAUAUGUCUGAAAAGGAAAAAGCAAGUAGAUUCGCUUACUUCUGCUGAAAGAAGAUCUCUUGUAACAGUGAUUUGUUCCAUGAGUGCAGGAGGAACAUUUAUUCCACCGAUGUUAAUAUUUCCCUGUAAAAAUAUGACAGAUAUUUUAAUGAAGGGUGCACCUGCUAGCUUUAUUGGUAGAUGUCACCCAUCUGGAAAAGUUCAAACUCAUUUAUUUGUAGAGUGGUUCGAACAUUUUAUCAAAAAGACAAAUCCUACAAAAGAAUCUCCUGUACUUUUAAUUUUAAAUGGUCAAUAUACUUAUAUAAGACAUUUAAAUGUAAUUGAUAUGGCAUACAAAAAUUAUGUUACUAUUUUGAGUGUACCACCUUAUGCUUUAUUAUACAAGAUGCAGCCUUUGGACUGUACAUUUAUGGGGCCACUUAAACAAUAUUAUAAUGAAUAUGUUCGUAUUUGGCACUGUGAGACUAAAAGAUCAGUGGAACAGCAUAACAUAGCUGAAAUUUUAGGAAAAGCCUAUCUUCAAUGUCAAACAGGUCUAAUUGCUGCUAAUGGUUUUAAAGUAACUGGAAUUUAUCCAUUCAAUUCUCAUGUUGAUUUGCACAGAGAUUUUAUCACAACCACUUCAAUAGAAGAAGAAUUUUUAAAGUAGAUGACUCUAUGUUAUCUACAAAAGAGAUAACUAUUUCUAUGAUAAAACAACAUCAUUAUCAAUAAAUAGAAGAUGAUUUAGUGCAAAUUGGUUACUUUAAAGAUAGUAAGAUACAGAACAAAGUGCAAUGAUAAUUUCUAUAUUGCCUAAAGAAAUGUAACCAGUUCUAUAAAGUAAAUAAAAAAAGUUUAUUCGAGGUUAUAAACCUUUACAAACAGCAGCAAUUCUUACAGGCAGAUUCUUUAUAUCAGGAAAUAAUUACAUUUACAGAGAAUAAAUUGACAAAGAAUUUUAUCUUAUCAAAAGAAAGAACAUAUGAAGAAACUUAGAAGAAAAGAAAACUAUAGAAUAUCGCUAAUGUUUAUGAAAAAGAUUAUGUUUUAUUUUUUAUAAACUUGUGAACUUCCAUCUGGUGAAGUUGUUCCAGUUAAAGAAGAUGUCAAAUGCAUGUUGCAAUGUAUUAUUUGCAGAAGACAUAAAGAAGAGACAUGGAUGUAAUGUUUAAUAUAUAGGCAUAUUGUUUGCUCGUAAGCAGAAAAGGUUGAUUACAUUUGCAACUUUUGCAAAUGUUGUUUUUAAUUUUAGUAAGAGAAUCUUUUUUAAUUUUACAAAUAAGAUUUAAAAUUAUUUUAUUCAGAUAAAAUUGUAUAAUUUUAUUCAGUUAAAAUUGUAUUUAAAUAAAAAUAUUAAGCAGGCAAAGUUUAAAAUUUUAUUUUGUUUUCCGAAACUGUCUUUUCGGUAAUUUGUUUGUGGUCUAAGCAAGUCUACCUCUUAAAAUUCCGUUAUUAUAGGUUGAGGAAAACUAAAAAAAAUUUAGUUAAAAAAUUUAAAAGUCUGAUGAAUACACUAAAGUGACUUUUAACAGGAAAAAAGUAAUUAUAUGCAGAUAAAAUGAAGUAUUUAAUGUAUGAAUGUCUGUUUAAUAUUUUUAGGUAAAUCUGACGAUUCGCCCGUAGUACUUUCUGUUCACUUAUUUUUUCUAUCUUACAUGGCAUAAGAUAUAUUCUCAUUCUGUAUAAUCAAAUAAAAAAUGUAGGGAGAAUAACAAAAGAAUUAAAUUUAUGGAAACUCAAUUUGCAAAGAAUAUAGAAAUGAUGAAAGAUCUAUAAAACUACAAAACUUAUUUUUAUCUUUAUUUACGCCAAUGAAAACUUAAUACAAUCGAAACUUAUUAUUUAUUUAUUAGUGAAUGAACUAUUACUUUAUUUAUAAUACGUAUUUACUCAUUGUUGACUUUUUCAUAUUGGUAUUAUUAUUGAAAUAAUAAAAAAAUUAAAAUGUUUUUUUAACUUCAACUAUAUGCAUGAAAAACCCCGCAAGAAAUAAAAUUUAUAAUAAUUACAGAAUAAUUGUAUACGUUAAGAGAGAUGUUCCUUUUAUAGAGAAACAUAUUAAUCUGAUAAAAAUGGAUUUAUUCAAAAUAUCUUAUACAUAAUUAUUACAUAUAAUUUAUCUUUAAAGAUGUAUAUAUAAAUAAUUCUCAGAUCCGCGCUCCUAGUGGAUGCAUACACAAAUUGAAUCAUAAAAAAAUAUUGUACUGUAUAUGAUAUAUAAAUCGUUUUUAUGAUAUUAAAAAUAUUCUUUGUAUGAAUUCUCUUAUUCUUACUCCCAAUAGAAAGAGCUUCCGCAUACAUGCCACGUCCUGGUACAGCGUUACGCCGACAUUUUGUAAACAUUGUAAUUUGCAUUAUCAAAGUUAGAAGCUUUGAUACUGAGCUCUAUUGGAUUGUAAUUGUCUUUAAAUACUUUUUAUCCUGAUGAUCGAGAGAAAAGAGUGGGAGGGCAAUUCGCUCAAUGUUAUAAUUGAUCAAUUUUAAAAACCUUUUAAAGAAUUUCUUAUCCUUGUAAUAAAAAAAUUUUUAUAUCUUAAAAAAAGUAUGAUUUUAAAAAAUAUAUGAGAGGAUGAUUCAUUGUAAUAUUUUUUGUAUUUAAUCAUUAAGUGCAAAUCAUUUAUUAUCUAUAACCAUAAAUAAAAGAGAAAAGUCGGACUAGAUAUAUAUGGGAUUAGUAUAGAUUAGAUAUAUAUGGGAUUAUGGAAUUUAUGAGAUCUUGUAUUUUGUGUUGAAUUCUGGCCCAGGUUGGUGUCUUUUAAUUAAUUUUAAUAUAUAUUAUAAAAUAUUGAUAAUAAAUUUAAAUUUAUUAACAUAAACAUAUACUAAAGGAAAUAUAAAUCUUUUAUAAAAUAAUCGAAGUAAUAAAGAAAAAACUAUAUUAGAUUAAAGUUUGAGUACAUAUAACGUAACGAAUUAAAUAAAAAAUAAAAAUAAAUAAAAAGUAUCUUAAAAAAUACUGCUUGUUUUCCUUAAACAUAAAGAUUUAUUUAUAUUAGUCUGAAAUCAAUGUUUCAUUGACUUUUAUUUAAGGCUUAUCAGAACUUGUGUAAGAUGCACAUGUUCUGCGAUAUACAAUAAACAUACAUAAAAGCCGUAACAUUGUAAACAAUCAAAUACCGAUUCGGCUACGGAUUUGCAUGACACGUAACACAUCCUCGACACAGCCUUGACAUCGCAUAUAGAUUUAAGAACAAUUUGUAAGUAACUUCCCAUACAGCACAAGAUAUUCUAUGAACAUCCUAGAAUAUUCUAUGAAUAUCUAGAAUGUUCAUAAAAUAUUCUAGGAUUUUCAUAGAAUAUCUUGUUCUGUAUGAGCUCUUAGACCUUUUUUAUGUAUUAUAAGUGUCAAUUAAUUUAUAAAUUAUUUUUAUUCUGUAAUAUACUCUUUAUAACACGGUUAUAGAAUAAAAGUUGGACAAUUAACUUGUUUAUAUUUAUUAAAUCUUAUUUGAUAUUUUUAUUAAUAUCAUAUCAUAAAAUUAUUACAAUGAUACUGAAUUAUAAUAUCUAGUUAUAUAACAUAGAAUAAUAAAAAUUUGUCAAAGUAAUUUCAGCAUAAACUCUAAUUUUUUAAAAUAAAAAUCUGAUAAAAAUAGAAAAUGUUUAAAAUGAUCAAGUUAAGUGUCUCACUUUGUAUACAUAAGUAUAAUUUAUAUUUUUAUAAUAAAUUAAUGAAUGUAUAUGUAUAUAUACAUGCAUAUACUGUGCGUGUGUGUGUGUGUGCGCGCGCGCGCACGUCUAUUAUGUGCACACACACAGAUAUAUAUGUAUAUGUUUUGUAAAAUAUUUUCUGUUUGUAUUUUACAUAUAUGAAAUCCUUAUAAUAUACAAUAUAAUAUAAUAUGUAUAUAGUUCUUCCCACAAUGUUAAUGACUAUUAUAUAAUAGUUCAACUUUGAUAAAGGUCAUAUGUAGAAACAUGAUAAUAGUGUAAUACAUAAUUAUAUGUAUUAAUCGCUUGUACAAAAUGUAAAACUUCCGCAACAAUUACUUUGUGUAAAAAAUAAUUAUAAAAAUUUUAUGGGAUAAUUGUUAGCGAUUUUAGCAAUAAAAUCAAUUCUUUAUUCGAUAAUUAA